AAGGUAUGGAGACGUGCUUAUUCCGCCGGCUUCGUCAACUACUAGUAAAAGUUUAGUUCGGUUCGGCUCGUUUGGCAUAACGUUAAAUCACAGCCGUAACUCUGCCAGCAGCCUCUUCAUCAUUUCUGUGCUCGGGCUGACACGCUGCGUUGCGGGGCUGAGGACUCAAUUGCCGGUGACAGUGGCUUGUGUUGUUUAUGGUCGCGCCUGGCUGUCAGCCCGCAGUGCCAAAGUCCCGUCACCAUCACCGCCAUCAUCACCAUCAUCGUCAUCGUCAUCAGUUCUGAGCAUGCCGCAGACAAACACAGCCAGAAACACCCUGGCGGCUGACUGUUCAGGCCCAGUCCACACCGGGGCUUCAGAUCCAGAUCAGGACCCUGUGUCCCGGGAGGACAGUCUGGACGGACAAGAGGACAACGUAGGAGACAGCCAAAUCAUUAAGUCACCCAGUGAUCCUAAGAAGUACAGAUACAUCGUGUUGGACAACGGGCUCCGAGCUCUGCUCAUCUCAGACUACAGCGGUCCAUCCACAUCAGAGGAUGAUGAUGACGAUGAAGAGGAAGGUGAGGAGGAGGAAGAAGAUGGAUCUGGGGAUGAAACGGAGGACGAGUCAGAAGAAGAAGAUGAUGAUGAACAUGGAAGUGAUGAUGAAGAUGAUGACGAGGGGAAGAAGAAGAAAGGGAAUGCAGAGAAACAGUCUGCAGCUGCUCUGUGUGUUGGAGUCGGCAGCUUCUGUGACCCUGCUGACCUCCCAGGCCUCGCACACUUUCUGGAGCACAUGGUGUUUAUGGGCAGUGAGAAGUAUCCAUCAGAAAAUGGCUUUGAUGCUUUCCUUAAGAAGCACGGAGGGAGCGACAACGCCUCCACCGACUGUGAGAGGACCGUGUUCCAGUUUGACGUCCAAAGGAAAAGCUUCAAAGAGGCUCUUGAUAGGUGGGCUCAGUUCUUCAUAUGUCCCCUGAUGAUCCGAGAUGCCAUCGAUAGGGAGGUGGAGGCCGUCGACAGCGAGUACCAGCUGGCUAAGCCGUCGGACUCCCACAGGAAGGAAAUGCUGUUUGGCAGUCUCGCCAAACCUGGACACCCGAUGGGCAAGUUCUGCUGGGGCAAUGCCCAGACACUGAAGCAGGAGCCCAAGAAGAAGAAGAUAAAUGUGUAUAAACGUCUGCGAGCCUUCUGGAAGAAACACUACUCUGCCCACUACAUGAGUCUGGCCGUGCAGUCCAAAGAGAAGCUGGACACUUUAGAAGAGUGGGUGAGAGAGAUCUUCAGCAAGGUGCCCAACAAUGGCCUCCCAAAGCCAGAUUUCUCAGAUCUGCCAGAUCCGUUCGACACACCAGCCUUCAACAAGCUCUACAGAGUGGUUCCAGUUCGUAAAGUUCAUGCUUUGAAUAUCACUUGGGCUCUCCCUCCUCAGGAAAAAUACUACAGAGUAAAGCCUCUCCACUACAUCUCUUGGCUGAUUGGCCACGAAGGUACUGGAAGCAUCCUGUCAGUGCUCAGGAAGAAGUGCUGGGCUCUGGCAUUAUUUGGAGGUAACAGUGAAACCGGCUUUGACCAGAACACCACCUAUUCCAUUUUCUCCAUCUCCAUUACCCUCACUGACGAAGGCUUCCAGAACUUCUACCAGGUGACCCAACUUGUGUUCCAGUACCUGAAGAUGUUGCAGACGCUUGGACCUCAACAAAGAAUUUAUGAGGAGAUUCAGAAGAUUGAGGCCAAUGAAUUUCACUAUCAGGAACAGAUUGACCCUAUAGAGUAUGUAGAGGACGUCUGUGAGAACAUGCAGCUCUUCCCUAAAGAGGACUUCCUGACAGGAGAUCAGCUGAUGUUUGAGUUUAAUCCACAGGUUAUCAGUGCAGCUCUGUCCCUGCUCACCCCUGAGAAAGCCAACUUGAUGCUGUUGUCACCGGAACAUGAGGGCCAGUGUCCCCUCAGGGAGAAGUGGUUUGGCACACAGUACAGUGUGGAAGACAUCCAACAGAACUGGAUGGAGCAGUGGACGGCAAACCUGGAGUUCAACAUUGACCUCCAUCUUCCCGCCGAGAAUAAAUUCAUUGCCACCGACUUCACCCUGAAGCCGUCUGACUGCCCAGACACAGAGUUUCCUGUGCAGAUCGCCAACAGCGACAGGGGCUGCCUGUGGUACAAGAAGGACAACAAAUUCAAAAUCCCAAAAGCCUACAUCAGAUUCCACAUAAUCUCUCCUGUAAUCCAAAAAUCUGCCAAGAACGUGGUGUUGUUUGACCUUCUCGUCAACAUCCUCGGCCACAACCUGGCAGAGCCGGCGUAUGAAGCCGAAGUGGCCCAGCUGGACUAUAAACUGGUGGCUGGUGAGCAUGGCCUGGUCAUCAAGGUUAAAGGAUUCAACCACAAACUGCCACUCCUGUUCCACCUUAUCAUCGACCACCUGGCUGAUUUCUCUGCCUCCCCUGACGUCUUCAGCAUGUUCUCUGAGCAGCUCAAGAAAACCUACUUCAACAUCCUCAUCAAACCAGAAAAACUCAGCAAGGACGUUCGUUUGCUCAUCCUGGAGCAUUCUCGUUGGUCCAUGGUGGAGAAGUACCAGGCUCUGAGUGCCGGCCUCAGCAGUGACGACCUGAUGGAGUUCAGCCGCUGCUUCCGAGCCCAGCUGUUUGCUGAGGGGCUGGUCCAGGGCAACUUCAGCAGCGCUGAGUCAGUGCAGUUUCUGCAGUACAUCACAGAAAAGCUGCAGUUCACUAAGUUACCAGCGGAGGUGCCAGUCAUGUUCCAGGUGGUGGAGCUUCCGCUGAAACACCACGUCUGCAAAGUCAAAUCACUGAACAAGGGAGAUGCCAACUCUGAGGUCACCGUUUACUACCAGUCUGGUCCAAAGAACCUGAAGGAGUACACACUGAUGGAGCUGCUGGUGAUGCACAUGGAGGAGCCAUGUUUCGACUUCCUCAGAACCAAAGAGACCUUGGGGUACCACGUCUACCCCACCUGCAGAAACACCUCAGGCGUGUUGGGCUUCUCUGUCACCGUGGAAACACAAGCCACCAAGUUCAACACCGAGCUUGUGGAGUUGAAGAUUGAAGAGUUCUUGACUUCAUUUGGGGAGAAGCUCAGUGAACUGACUGAGGACGCCUUUAAUACUCAGGUGACUGCGUUGGUGAAGCUGAAGGAGUGUGAGGACACACACCUGGGGGAGGAGGUGGACAGGAACUGGUCUGAGGUGGUCACUCAGCAGUAUGUGUUCAACCGCCUCAACAAGGAGAUCGAUGCUCUGAGGCAGAUGAGUCGAUCCGAGCUGGUGUUGUGGUUCCAGGAGCAUCGAGGACAGAAGAGUCGUAAACUCAGCGUGCACGUGGUCGGCUUCGGUGCCGAGGAGAACGACGAGGAGGGUGGCGGGCAGAGAGGUGAAGGACACGAGGAUGCCGAGGAGGACUCCAUGUACGGGGAGGUGUCCAAACUGAGCUUCCUCCAGGCCUCCCCCAAGAUGGCGCCCGCCGUGUCCAUCAUGGACAUCCAGGCCUUCAUCAAAAACCUGCCCCUCUUCCCCUACCACAAGAUACUGGAGUGAAGUUUUGUUCAGACGGAUGGAUAGACGGACAGACGGUGGGUGGGGCUCUGUCCAUGCCUCAGUACACAUGCAGUCAGUUCAUCUGUGGAUGUGGAGGACGGCUGAGAUGACCAUGUGCAUCUGCAGAGUCUGGAACUGAGGACAGAGGCUUUCACCCACUGAUCUGAAAUCCUCUGAUCCACUGACAGGAAAAGGAAACGGCCUUGGAGUCCGAGUCCUGUUGCCAUAAAACACUGACUGGACUGUUUUAGAACUAACUGUAUUUUUAUGUCAUUUCACCGACACAAACGGACUGAAAACCAUGGGUAGUGUUAAAGACAAAUAAUCAACAUGUCUUAAAGCUUUAAAGGCUGAUUUUUCACCCUGAGUGUGUGUCACUGAAGCCAAACAGUUGUUUUUGGUUUGAAAUUAUUAGUUAAAAGAUGUAAUGAGACAAAAACAAAGUAGGUAUUAUUGAACCAGAUCCAAAUAACAUAAAAGACAGUUACCUGAGGUUGUACAUGACUGUUUCUGUUCCAAACAGUCCAAAUAUGCAUGAGUGAAAUGAGAAAAACGAAGCAUUGAACCCAUAAAGACCCACAGCUCCUUUUAUGACAGCACCCAAAUGAAUGUUUAUUUAACCUUUCAAUUAAAUAAGCAAUUUAGCACCAUUUGUUAUAAUAUUAACCUCUUUAAUUUGCA